AUGAACUCAAUAAGCGGGGCAGCGAAUAGAAAAGGAGGCGCAUUGGAAGUAGACAACUACAAUGGACUCUAUAAGCACAGACUUAAUUUCUACCAACAAGCACCACUACUUGAAGUGAGUUUGGAAGAAUUUGAAAGCUGGGCUAUAGACAGGCUCAAGAUCCUCGCUGAAAUUGAGGCUUCUCAAGUGAGGAAUAGACCGUUCAAUGAUACAAAGGCUGUGAUUAAGAGCCAGUCUGCUAAGCUGCUCAGUCUUUCUACCAAUUACACUAGAACUGCAACGUUGGAGGCUGAGAGGAAGAAGGAUCACGUCAGUCACUACGUUCUCAGACUGGCUUUCUGCAGAUCUGAGGAACUUAGGCGGCGGUUUGUCAAGGCGGAAACAACACUUUUUAGAAUCAGAUUCGAUGACGCUACGACGGCUGAGAAGAACGCCUUCUUGCAUUCGAUGAAGAGCAGCCAGUCGAGUAAAGUGGAUUGGGAGGAGGUAGACGACGUCGAGAAGGAGAGCUUGAGACCUUUCCUUAUCAGCUCGAAUCCAGGUAUCGCAAUCAAACCAGCUGAGUUUGAAAAGGAGCUCUAUUACAAAGUCAAAUGGACUCAAGUUCCUGAGCUAGUCGAGAGACGCCGCGUCUUCCUGAAGCAAGGAUACGCUUAUGUGCCAAUGCGCGAGCAGACAUCGCUCAUCCUCAACUCUUUCUCCUCGCAGCUGCAGCAAGCUUUAGAGUUCACAGCCAAAGCGCUUCCACGUCUCGACGAAGACAGUCGACUGCUACCAGUACUAUCGCAUCUAUCCCUGUCAUUCCUCGCUGGUCUUUCAUCUGAAGCUUUCGACCCCGCUUCCUUCAACUCAGAUCGCAAAAUCUCAGCCGAGUCGAUCGACAUGCUAGCCAAGAAGCAUUUCCCAAUGUGUAUGCGCAGCUUACACGACAGACUGCAGAACACCCACCACCUCAAACAUUUCGGCAGGUUGCAGUAUACACUUUUCUUGAAAGGUAUUGGUUUGAGUGUAGACGAAGCCAUAGUGUUCUGGCGCAAGAGCUACGGUGCCAAUAUAUCAGACGACAAAUUCAACAAGGAAUACCGAUACAACAUUCGUCACAGCUUUGGUUUGGAGGGUGGUCGUAAGUCGUAUCCCCCACGUUCAUGUCAAAAGAUUAUCACACAGGAUCAGCCAGGACCCCAAGAUAAUCAUGGCUGUCCUUUCAGACACUUCUCCUUAGAUCAUCUCGUUCCUUCUCUACGCGCUACAUACGGUAUAACAGAUACGAACGAUCUAAAUGAAAUCACAGGUGCUGUAAAGGCGCAGCACUUCCACGUAGCUUGCACGAGGGUCUUCGAAAUAACCCAUGCUAAUAAAGGUGUCAGAAAGGGCGAUGGUUUGGGCGGUGGCGAGAGCGUCAACCAUCCUAACAGAUACUUUGAGCGAUCGUUGGAGCUGUCUGGAGAAGCACAGGCUGAGCCUAUGACUGUAGAUGGUGCUUAG